CGAAGAAACAACUCUCAGCUAAAUAUAAAACCACCGUGUGCCGAGAGAGAGCCGAGAGAGAGCCGCUAACACACCUCUCAGAGCGAUGUCCACUAAUGAAGACUAUGCUGAAGAGGAGCUCAGUGACUACAUCAUCCAGCUCAGUAUUCAAGACUCCUGCCAGGAUGCCUUUCUGAAAUCUGCAGCGAGAAGCACCGACGGAUGAGAAUCUGAGAGUCCUGGCUGCCAUCGAGCAAGGUGAGGUGUUGAUGCUCAGAGGGAUGCUGAGACACAUCUGCACCUUCCAGGAGUCCGACGGUCACGGCUGGUUUCCCGUCCAUCGAGCCGCGAUGCAGCCGGACCCCGAGGUUCUGCAGACCGUCCUCAAAUUGGCCGCUCAGGGGCUCAGCCUGGAGGAGAGGACGGCGGUGGGGGGGGAGACGGCGCUGACUCUGGCAGUGAAAGGCGGUCUGGUGCAGAACGUGAAGAGCCUGCUGGAGCACGGAGCGUCGCCGCACAACACUAACAGCAAGAACGAGUCCCCGCUGCUGCUGGCGGUGAAGGCUGGCUCUCUGGAGAUGACACAGUUGCUGGUGGCUCACGACGCCUGGGUGGAGCAGGUUUGCAGGAAGCGGUGGACGGCGAUGCACGAGGUGGCCAAGGUGGGAAACGUGGAUAUCCUGAUGCUGCUGCUGAGGAACGGAGGCCGGGUGAACCAGAAGAACCUGUCGGGGGGGACGCCGCUCGCCGUGGCUGCAGAGCAUGCGCACUACCACAUCAUCGAGAUCCUGCUGAACUGUGGUAGCACAGUGAACGCUCAGGCCUGUAAUGGUGAGUCUGUCCUGCUGGACGCAGCCGGGUCAGGAAACACCUCCUGCAUUCAGCUGCUGCUCGACAACAGAGCCGACCCCAACCUGCCCAGCACCACCGGACACCUGCCGCUCCACAAGGCCGCGUUCAACGGACACUUGGAUGCUCUGAAGAUGCUGAUCCCUCUGACCACUAAGAAGGUGAUCAAAGCGGCGGGUCAGAGUCCUGUCCACUCAGCAGUGGAGGGAGGCCAGAGUCGCUGCCUGAAGCACCUGCUGGCCUGCGGCUUCGACGUCAACUACCGCAUGAACACCAGAAACUCCGAGAACUACAGCGACAGGAGGAGGAGCGCCUUGUACUUCGCCGUCUCUAAUGGGGACGCGGAGAGCACCAAAAUCCUGCUGGCGGCCGGAGCGAGGACGGACCUGGACCCACUGUGCUGCCUCCUGGUGGCGGUCCGGUCGGGGCGCUACGACAUCGUGAAGCUGCUGCUGGCGGCCAAAGCAGACGUGAACUGCUACUUCACGGUGCUGAACGACACGGUGUUUCCCACGGCGCUGCAGUACUGCCUGAAGGACGAGGCGAUGAUGAGGCUGCUGCUCAACCGCGGCUACAACGUGGAGCGCUGCUUUCACUGCCACCACGAUGACGCUCUCCAUGAAGCCGAUGAGGGGGAGGGGAAGAUUCCAUUCUGUGAGUUCAUGAGCCUCUGCUGCGUCAUGCAUCUGUCCGGCACCGUGGUCCGGACCCUGCUGGACUACGUCAACCACGUCCACAUCUGCUCCAAACUCAGACUGCUCCUGGAGAAACAGAGAGAGUGGCCGGACAUCUGCGAUAUCCUCAACAGCCCUCGCUCCCUGCGGCACCUCUGCAGACUGGAGAUCCGGAGGCGUCUGACCCUGAAGAGACUCAACAAACCCGAAGUCAUGGACUCGCACGUUUUCCCCCCCAGACUGAAACACUUCAUACUGUACCAGGAGCUCGACCUCUACAGCCAGGACCUCGAACGCAUCAUGUGAUGAGGAUUUCCUCUGCUGGAUUCCUGCUUGUUUUAAAAGGACUGUUUCUGUUAAGCUUUGUUAUGUCUGGUUUUUAUAAGCACCGUUUUGUUUUUACAACUUUAUUAUUUCCUCCAUCAAGAACGUUUUUGGUUCAGUUUGUUGGUUUGUUUGUCAGCAGUGUUUCGGAAAAACUACUGGUUUUAUUUUCAUAAAGUUUGGCGGAAAGGUGCAGGCUGGGAAUAACUAAAUACAUUUUGGAGUGGAUUCAAAUCAUGGAGCAGUCACAAACUGUUUCUUGUUCUUGGCCGAGAUCGACACUCUUUAACUUGAUCAAUUUAUAAUUUUUUGAAGAAGCCUAGUUUCUAUCAGGUGUUGUUUUUCAUUUCAGCCAAUUUACUGCAAGUUCAAUCCACUUUCAAAUCUUCCAACCAUUCAACAAAUCAAAUCCCUUUGACCCGUUAGGGAUGGGUGUUAAUGAUUGGUCUGUCAUUAAGAUAACUCUAUUUCUCCUUUACAGUCUUUAAUGACAUUCAUAAUUUACUAAAUAUUGGCUGAUGGUCAAAGUUAAUCAAACAUUUAUGAUACUUACACUUUAUGUUUGGAAGGAUAAUUUCCACAUAUUAACAUUAACAGUAAAAAGUAAACGCUAAGCUAUAAAGGAACUACAGCACGGUCACAUGACUUCACCUCACCACCGCUAAGCUAAAGGAGGCUAAUGUUGGGCUAUAAAGGAACUACAGCACGGUCACAUGACUUCACGUCACCGACGCUAAGCUAAAGGCAGCUAAUGUUGGGCUAUAAAGGAACUACAGCACGGUCACAUGACUUCACGUCACCGACGCUAAGCUAAAGGCGGCUAAUGUUGGGCUAUAAAGGAACUACAGCACGGUCACAUGACUUCACGUCACCGACGCUAAGCUAAAGGCGGCUAAUGUUGGGCUAUAAAGGAACUACAGCACGGUCACAUGACUUCACGUCACCACCGCUAAGCUAAAGGAGGCUAAUGUUGGGCUAUAAAGGAACUACAGCACGGUCACAUGACUUCACGUCACCGACGCUAGGCUAAAGGCGGCUAAUGUUGGGCUAUAAAGGAACUACAGCACGGUCACAUGACUUCACGUCACCGACGCUAAGCCAAAGGCGGCUAAUGUUGGGCUAUGACUUAACAUUAACAUUUAUUAUUGUUGUUGUUUCAGAAAACUGUUCUUUUGCUGCUUCAUUGUGAUUAAAAUGGUUAAAUAUAAAAUAUGUCUUCCUUUUGAAUUGUGUUGAGGACAGGAAGACAUUUAUAUUCCCCCCCUUAACAGUGUGUUAUUGAGCUUCAAUAAGUGUGAGUAAAUAGACUCAGAGAAAAGAGCAAAAAGGUACUUCAAAAUGCUAAUCAAAGAGGUCAAAGAUCAGCCGCAGCUGGAGAUCAGGUUAGAGUCAUUUCCCUCUUGAAGCCUCUUCAGUAUUUCAGCAGGUUGUUUUUUAACGGUGUUUUGAACACACGGGCGGAUCAUAA